AUAUUACCAAAAGCCUCCAACGCAGCUUAACUUCUCUCUCUUUCAAAGUGAUUUCCAACUGCACAAGCAAAGGAUCACCACCGCCAAUCUUCUUCACCCACUUCCUGCUGCAACCCUCACACUAACAUCAACAUGGCUGAGCUCAAAAAAAUGGUGGUCACCACCACCAUCUUCAUCGUCACGGUCCUAAUAAUGCCACUGAACUCGGCCACCCUCCACGUCCCGACGUGCCGAUCCUACUGCGGCAACAUCACCGUCGACUACCCCUUCGCCCUCCAGCACGGCUGCGGCCACCCGGGAUUCCGCGACCUCCUCUUCUGCAUCAACGACGUCCUCAUGUUCCACAUCUCCUCGGGGUCCUACCGUGUCCUCGACAUCGACUACGCCUACCGUUCCCUCACCCUCCACGACCCCCACCUCUCCACCUGCAACUCCAUCGUCCUCGGCCGCCGCGGCAACGGCUUCUCCGUCGAGCCCUGGCGCAGCCCCUACAUCUCCGCCUCCCCCAACAACGUGUUCAUGCUCCUGGGCUGCUCUGCUGUCUCCCCACUCUUCCAGCUUCUCUUCUUUCAGGGCUUUGCUGACCGCCACUUGCCAUGCCGGAACGUCUCGGGGAUGGGCUGCGAGGAGUACUACGACUGCCCAGCAUGGGACUGGAUCGGCCGGAGCAAGAUCGGGUCGAAGUUCGGGUCGGGCCCUCCGGAGUGCUGCGCGGUGUCGUUUGAAGCAAUCAAGACCAUCAACCUGACCAAGCUCCAGUGUGAAGGCUAUAGCAGCGCAUACACUCUCGCCCCGUUGAGGGUUGACGGCCCGCACGAGUGGUCGUAUGGCAUACGCGUGACGUACUCGGUGCAAGGAGGGGACGAGUUCUGCAGGGCGUGCGAGGCCACCGGCGGCACGUGCGGGUACAGCGACGUAGAUGAUCAUAAGGAUGACGGGGUCAAGCAAUUGUGCAUGUGUGGGGGCUCCAAUUCCACCUCCAAUUGCGAGUCAGGUGGGUCGCCAUCAAGUAGAGGACCAUGGUCUGCAUUGAACAUCUUAGCAGGUUUCAUGGUAUGUGCAUUAGCCUGGAUAACAUCCCACAAGAACUAAAGAUCGAUACUCACCCGCAGAAUGUAAAGGAUACAUGAGGAUUCUUGGCGGUCCUCCUUGCUUGGAAGAGAGAUUUUUUGUUUGCCUUUUUUGUUUUGUUUUGUUUUGGCUUGAAAGAGAGGUCGUUACGUGUGUAUAAGGAUUUAUUACAUCAUCAUAGAACUUCACGACAUACGAAUCAAACGCGACCGGUCUCCAUCAAUUA